CAAGUGAACGUGCCGUGGUUUCGACUAGAAUCGGGAAACAGCCACUGCAGUGCUUCCUUUCAUUCCGGUAAUCCGUCUGCGUAGGGUGUGCUCCGGAGCUAGUCUCGGCACACAUUUUAUUAUUAUGAAACAAACCAAAAGCUAGAGUGCAACGCAGACAUAUUUUUAUAAGAAAAAAAAAAUCGGUGAAGCAGGAUUUGAUUUGCCAAACCAAGCAAAGCUGAUAAGACGCUGCAUUUGAAAAAGAACGAGACGAACGUUACCAGCUAAGAAACCUACCGUCAUUGUUGAGAGCGUGGACAAUUAGCGUUAGAUCUAGUAAUUUAUCUACCCCUUUAAGGGACAUCUCCGGCUGUUAUAAUAAGGCUGACUGUGUUUUUUUUACUCUACCUACAGCUAAGCUUUCUAGAUAACAAAUUUUGAAUUCUGAGCCAUACCGGGUAGGCCACGUUCCGACAUUUGCUAACCAAGCUAAAUAGCCCACGGUGCUAACGAUUAAAGUACACGUGUUUGUGCUCUUCAUUAACUACCAGAAACGCAAAGGUUGGCGGGCUCUUCAUUUUUGUCCAUUUUGUUCGACGGCUAUCAAGGAAGAGAGGAAAUCACGUUAAAAGUAAUUCGUGAAAUUAUCUGAACACGCCUCGUCCGACAUGAAUCCAAGCGCGCCUAGCUAUCCGAUGGCCUCCCUCUACGUAGGGGAUUUACAUCCAGACGUUACCGAAGCCAUGCUCUACGAGAAAUUUAGCCCGGCUGGACCCAUCCUUUCCAUCAGGGUGUGCAGAGAUAUGAUCACCCGUCGUUCCCUUGGCUAUGCCUAUGUUAACUUUCAGCAGCCGGCUGACGCUGAGAGAGCCUUGGACACCAUGAACUUUGAUGUCAUUAAAGGUAGACCUCUUCGUAUCAUGUGGUCUCAGCGGGACCCCUCUUUGAGGAAAAGUGGAGUGGGAAACAUCUUCAUCAAAAACUUGGACAAGUCUAUUGAUAACAAGGCUCUGUAUGACACUUUCUCAGCAUUCGGAAACAUUCUCUCCUGCAAGGUUGUUUGUGAUGAAAAUGGCAGCAAGGGUUAUGGCUUUGUGCACUUUGAGACCCACGAGGCCGCUGAGCGUGCCAUUGAGAAAAUGAAUGGCAUGUUGCUCAAUGACAGAAAAGUAUUUGUGGGACGCUUCAAAUCACGCAAAGAGAGGGAGGCUGAGCUUGGGGCACGUGCCAGAGAAUUUACCAAUGUUUACAUUAAAAACUUUGGGGAAGACAUGGAUGAUGAAAAGCUGAAGGAGUUGUUUGGCAAGUAUGGCCCCGCACUCAGCAUCCGAGUCAUGACUGACGAGAGUGGCAAGUCAAAGGGAUUUGGAUUUGUCAGCUUUGAGAGGCACGAAGAUGCACAAAAGGCUGUAGAUGACAUGAAUGGUAAAGAACUGAAUGGUCGGCAAGUCUAUGUUGGCCGUGCACAGAAAAAAGGAGAGCGCCAGAAUGAGCUAAAACGCAAAUUUGAGCAAAUGAAACAGGACCGUAUGACCAGAUAUCAGGGUGUCAAUCUGUAUGUUAAAAACUUGGAUGAUGGCCUAGAUGAUGAGCGUCUACGCAAAGAAUUCUCUCCAUUUGGAACAAUAACAAGUGCAAAGGUAAUGAUGGAGGGUGGCCGCAGUAAAGGUUUUGGCUUCGUUUGCUUCUCUUCGCCAGAGGAGGCGACUAAAGCAGUUACUGAGAUGAACGGUCGUAUUGUGGCCACAAAGCCACUUUAUGUGGCCCUAGCGCAGCGUAAGGAAGAACGCCAGGCCCAUCUUACCAACCAAUACAUGCAGAGGAUGGCCACUGUUCGUGCUGUGCCCAACCCUGUUCUCAACCCCUAUCAGCCUGCUCCCCCCUCUGGCUACUUCAUGGCAGCUAUUCCCCAGGCCCAGAACCGUGCUGCGUAUUACUCCGCUAACCAACUGGCCCAGCUCCGCCCCAGCCCACGUUGGGCCACACAAGGAGUGCGUCCUCAACACUUCCAGAACAUGCCCAAUGCUAUGCGUCCAUCAGCACCAAGACCCCAGACCUUCAACACCAUCCGUGCUACAACCACGACCAACGCGCAGGUCCCACGCAUGAUGGCUUCUCAGCGUAUGCCGACGCAGGCACUCAGUCAGCGGCCAGCCAAUGCUUCAGCUGCUGCUGCCCCAGUGCGGGCUAUGCCUCAGUACAAAUACGCUGCAAGUGUGCGCAACCCUCAGCAACACAUGGCCUCACAGGCACAGGUCGCCAUGCAACAACCGGCAGUUCAUGUCCAAGGCCAGGAGCCCCUAACUGCCUCCAUGCUGGCUGCUGCCCCACCUCAGGAACAGAAGCAGAUGCUGGGUGAGCGUCUCUUCCCCUUGAUCCAAAACAUGCAUCCCAGCCUGGCAGGCAAGAUCACCGGUAUGCUCCUGGAGAUUGAUAACUCAGAGUUGCUUCACAUGCUGGAGUCCCCUGAAUCCCUGCGCUCCAAGGUGGAUGAGGCUGUAGCUGUGCUUCAGGCCCACCAGGCUAAAGAAGCUGCUCAGAAGUCCACCACCCCUGCUGGUGUUCCCAGGCAUUUUGAAACCUGCUUCACCGAUGGAAAAAGAAAAAAAACUUAAACAUUGAAAAACCUAAAACUCUGAAAACAUCGCAAAAUGAUAAAUUAUUUCUUAAAAAAAAGAAAACAAUUGACUUUGCCAGGUCUAGAGAUGUUUGACUAGACCUUGAUCAUAAAGAAAAUUUGUUGUAAAAAAAAAUAGAAAAAUAGAGAAAAGUGAAAUAAUACAAUUGAAUGCAUUCCUUGGUUUUAUGUCAUUUUACUGUCAGUGCUCAGAAUAUCAGCCAUGUUCAGGAAGGUGGUAGCUGAGCAGAUUGAAAGGUGAUUUGUAUCGUAAACUACUGGCUGUAAUAAAUUCAUUAAAAAAAGCCUCUUUAUUUCAUUACUGCAUUAUGGACACUGCAAAGAAGCAGUACCUUGGGGUAUUAGUGAUAGUCAUUAUCCAUUUGGAGUUGCUGUAUACUUCCAGACUUGA